GUUCGUGGCUCUGGGGCUCCCGCGAGAGCAAAGCCGGGCAGCGGAGCGCGUCGUCCCCUGCCUUUCCCGUUCGCCUCCUUCCACGAUCUCCACUCGCGUUUAACUCGAGCCCUUGCUGGGGCCGGAGGAGGUUAUGCCCGUGGCGUUUUCCUGAGCUGUGAGAUACUGACGUGUGGUGACUGAAGGACAUGCAUCUUUUCGUGGCGUGUCUCUUUGGCGUCUGGGCUCUGGCCUCCCCUCAGCGCUACGUCGUGGAGGACAUUUGCACCGCGAAGCCACGCGACAUCCCGGUGAAUCCCAUCUGCAUCUAUCGCAACCCGGAGAAGAAGCUGCAGGAAGGCGAGGGCCAAGAGACAGGGAAAGGCAAGAUCCCCGGGUUCACCAACCCCCGCGUGUGGGAGCUGUCGAGGGCCAACUCGCGCUUCGCUGUGGUUUUCUACAAGUACCUGGCCGACUCCAAGGACAAUGGGGAAAACAUCUUCAUGUCGCCCCUCAGUAUCUCCACAGCCUUCGCCAUGACCAAGCUCGGCGCCUGCGGUGACACCCUGCAGCAGCUCAUGGAGGUCUUUCGCUUCGACACCAUUUCAGAGAAGACAUCUGAUCAGAUCCACUUCUUCUUUGCCAAGCUGAACUGCCGGCUUUACAAGAAAGCCAACAAAUCCUCGGAGCUGGUGUCAGCCAACCGCCUCUUUGGGGAGAAAUCUUUGGUCUUUAAUGAGACUUACCAGAACAUUAGCGAAAUAGUUUAUGGAGCCAAACUCUGGCCCUUGAACUUCAAAGAAAAGCCAGAGCUUUCCAGGAAGACGAUUAACGAGUGGGUAGCUAACAAGACAGAGGGGCGCAUUACAGAAGUGAUCCCAGAAGGAGGUAUUGAUGAUCUCACUGUCCUGGUCCUGGUCAACACCAUUUAUUUUAAGGGGCACUGGAAAUCGCAGUUCCCAGCUCCAAACACAAAACUGGAUUUAUUUUAUAAAGCCAACGGUGAGACCUGCAGGGUCCCGGUUAUGUACCAAGAGUCCAAAUUCCGCCAUGCCUCCAUCCGCCAGGACAAAGUGCAAGUGCUGGAGCUGCCUUACAAAGGGGACGAUAUCACGAUGGUGCUGGUCCUGCCUGAUGCUGAGACGCCGCUGGUGGAGGUGGAGCGAGACUUGACGUCGGAGAAGCUGCAGGGCUGGAUAGACUCCUUGACGGAGGUGUCGCUUGUCGUCUACCUCCCUCGCUUCCGCAUCGAGGACAGUUUCAGUGUCAAGGAGAAGCUGAGAAAAAUGGGGCUGGAAGAUCUCUUCAGCCCGGAAAACGCCAGACUCCCAGGUAUCAUUGCAGAGGGCCGUACAGACCUCUACGUAUCUGACGCUUUCCACAAAGCCUUCCUUGAGGUGAAUGAAGAAGGCAGUGAGGCAUCAGCCGCUACAGCUGUCGUCAUCUCCGGCCGGUCCUUCCCCAUGAACAGAAUGAGCUUCAACGCCAACAGGCCCUUCCUGCUCUUCAUCCGGGAAGCUGCCCUCAACACCAUCAUCUUCAUGGGCCGAAUAGCUGAUCCUUGCUCCUAAGCCAUCGGGGCCCUGCUCCUCCUUUCUCUGCCUCUGGAAAGUGGUAGUAGGGUGUUGUCGCACGGCCCAGCUCACGCCUAGGGCGGCUGGGCUCACUGUUUGGUGCAAGCUGCCGGGGUUAUUGUACCCAGCUGGCCUGUAACCGCUCCUCCUCGCCGGGGCAGGUGAGGCGUCGCAGGGCAGCUCCCCUGCCCCAGCCUUUAUUCGAAGGCAGCUGAACGCUUUCUGGCACCAGUAUUUUUGUGGCACCCAAACCUGAGUCCAGCAUUGCCAUCAUGCUUGUAUCCAACCUCUCCUCCCCUUCAGGCCUCAAGCUGUAACGCUGAUCACCUAGUACAUUAAAACCUAUAGAUCUGUAUGUAACGAACCAGUCUCUGUAUGGACAGUUUUCUCCUCGCUAAGUCAUUUCCUGGGCCUAUUAAAACUUGCCUUUUUGAACGAAA